AUGUACACCAAUGACCUGGUUUGGAGUGAUGAGUGGGCGGAAAAGGCACUGGAUUGGCUAAACUCACCAGAACAACGGGACAGUAUAAAUGCUGAUAUGGCCGUUGGAGGAAGAGGUUUAAUUGUGAAUGCGGACGAGAAAGCAGUCUGGCAAAAAAUACUCGACGUCUUAGAAAUACAUUUUGAUGAAAAGGAAGCAGAACUCGACAGCCUUCCCGCUGGCACGCUCUACGGAUGCAACGGCUACAUGAGCACAAGGAGCACGGAGGAUGAUUACGUGUCUGCCGUCUGCCUUUAUAAAAGACAGUAG